UUACUGAUCAGAAGCGGAUUUUCUACCAAAGCUAGAUCAAAACUGCAUUUCGGCAAUGCCAAAUUUGCUAAAAAUUUCCAAAGACAUGAAUUUAAGCGAGGAUGGAUGCAAACACUUUCAAUAAAUACUAAUGUUAACGUCUUUGAUGAAUAA